AAAGCAACGAUUUGAUGCAUUUCUUCCAAUGAAUGAAACAUUUGGUUACUUUGGGUUCUGGUAGCCGUGGUUCGUCUGUACAGUAGAUGUGGCAAAAAGCCGGGAUUCGCAUUCAUUUGUGUACCACCAUCCAAGAAGUAAAACCGUAUUUUCCAUCACAGGAGUCAAAUUGAAGAUGGGUGCAGCUAAUUUUAAACAAUUGCUUGUGAUUUGGCUAAUAUGUUCGAGUCUAGCGAGCAUAGAUGCAAAGAAAAAAGCAAAGAAACCUACAUGCAAGGACCGGGUACAGAAAGCCAAGAAUACUCUGAAUUCACUGUCGACCAUCGAAGACGAAUGUAACGUCGAGUUAAAAUGUCCUAGAGAAGAACCAAUAGUUGACAAGGCAGAAAUGUUGACAAUUUUGGAAGGUAUGAAGAGCUCCAUUGAUCGUAUGGCGAACUGCACAUGCGCAGGGGCGGUUACCGGUCACCAUGGUUACACAGUAAAAUCAAAUUAUGAAGCCUAUGACUACCCUGUCAUCUUCAAAGACGAUGAAGUACGCUGGAAGCUAUUCUGGUGGUUCAAGGCAAACACAACAUGGCCAGCCCUUGUCAGUGAUGUCUUAAAAGAUAAAUACGGAGACUGCGAUGUUAACGCACCUUACUGCUUCAGUCGCCUACCAGAAGUCCUACAAGAACGCGUGGCUGAGAUGCUUGGCGUAGAUUCUGAUGGAAAUGUGUACAGAUGGAAGUUUAAUCCUGGAAAUAAUGUGGCCCACGCAGUUUGGAGAGCAUUCCACGAUCACGAGUAUGUGAAAGUUACUAACGGAAACCCCUGGAAUCCGAAAGUCGUGAGUGGCACUCCUCCAAAGGCAACACAAGAUUGUUUCCACUAUCGUAUGGAACACGGCGUAGCCUCUUUACAAAUUGAUGACGACAACUGCGAUUGCAAGACGUCACUAAGUAUGGGCCACGGCAUGUGUGGGGAUGGAUUUAGCACAACAUACGGGCCAGAAAACGUGUUCGGCGUUGACUUGUUGUAUGAUCAUUAUUGCCAAACGCCUUCGCCUAAAAACGGCCUACGGUUAUAUUUCAGAGAUGAUGACGACUGCAUCAAUGUCACGUGUCCAUCCGGACUGCAAUGUAAAGAUGGCAUCCAUUCUUACACAUGUCGAUAA